AGCUUAGCCCCGCCCACUCUGUUGACACGUGUGUUGCCUGUUUGCAGCAUGGCUUCGUCUGCCAAGCGGAGAGCAGUAGGUCUGGGUGAAAAUCCAGAGGAAAGUGAAAACAGCUCUGAUGAGAUUCCGGAGGAGGAGGAUGAUUCCGGAGAGGAGGACAGCGAGGCAUCGGAGGAGGAGAUCAAUGAGGAGGUCGUUGUGGACUUCGAAGCCCACACCAUUUCAGACAACGACUUCAAUGGCAUUAAGAAACUCUUACAACAGGUCUUCCUGAAGGCUCAUGUAAAUACAUCAGAGAUGACCGACAUCAUCAUACAACAGAAUCAUGUUGGAAGUGUCAUCAAGCAAGCUGAGGUGCCAGAAGACAGCGAUGACGACGACCCAGAUGAGGUGUUUGGAUUUAUCACUAUGCUCAACCUAACCGAGAGAAAGGGUGUGCAGUGUGUGGAGGAAAUUAAGGAGCUGAUCGUGGACCAGUGCGAGAAGAACUCUCCCCAUAGUGUGACGGAGCAGCUAGAGCAGAUCCUCAGUGACACCAGCAAGCCUGUGGGGCUGCUGCUGAGUGAGCGCUUCAUCAAUGUGCCUCCACAGAUUGCCCUCCCACUGCACAAACAUCUCCAGGAAGAAAUAGCUGAAGCCCAGAGGACAAAUAAGCCCAGUGGGAGAUGUCACUAUUGUCUGAUGAUCAGCAAGACCUGCAAAGAGGCAAGCAAAUCUAUUCCAGCCAGAGGAGGAGCUCCCAAAGAGGAAUACCAGUUUGUGAACGCAGAGGAGGAAUUCUUCUAUGAGCAAGCCAUCAUCAAGUUCCACUACUCUGUCCAGGAAGAGGCAGACUCGUGUUUGAGCGGCAGGUGGUCGUUUGAUGAUGUUCCCAUGAAACCUUUCAGGACAGUGAUGCUGAUACCAGCUGACAGAAUGCCUGUCGUUAUGGACAAACUGAAAGAAUAUCUAACAGUGUGAACCUCACAAUAAACUAAGUCACCUAUGCACACAUUGAAGACCUUCAGGCUCGUGGAUACGGCUCAAUACAAGACUCUACAAAAAAUGUUCUUUUGGUAAUGUCAGCGCCAGUAUUGCAAACCUGACGUUUAUUACAUGUUGUUUUUAGCAGUUUAAGAGAUGCAGUUUUUACAAAUUCCUGGUACACUGCAGAAAUAUAUAGUUUUAUGAGGUGAACAGAAAUACAGCAUCACAUCAUGCUUCUUUAAAGACUUUUAUUACAAGAUUAUGAACCAAAUCUUUUAUGUUUAUGACAGCUGAUACAUGAGCUUGCAGUCCAGUCUCAGCAGAUGAAGAAGGGAGCCAGUGUCAUUUGUCAUUAAGUCAAAUUGCCAACUGAUUAAAAUCUGGUCAUUCUUAUGUGCUUGUUUACAGUAACUUGAUAAAAGACUAAAUUUCACAAAUCUGGAUUGUUGACACAUACAGGAGCAGAAUCUUAUAUGGGGUUUGUUUCUUUGUUUGUAAUCCAUUUCUAUAGAUACCUUUCCACUGAUUAAUAAUAAAUAUAUUAUAUCUCCGUG